UAACGUUGUACUUUCUAAAAUCGAUUAUACUGACUGAUUACAAAAUGAAUGGGACUUAUCACGUUUACUGGAACAGAAGUGGAGGCUGGUUAAAUCAUAGAUAUGAUUAAAUGUUUCUGGUUCGACCGCAGCUUCCGGUCACCCGAGGAAGCCAUGUUGACACCACGUGACGUGUACCUCACUUUUCAUUGGAGGAGGAGUCCUGUCCACUCCCACGAAGCCCGUGUAUUUUUCCCGCGAAGCAGACGCCGUCGCGCGCCUCGUCGCUUGUCUGAGACGCACGCAGGUGCCGUCGUGUGCAUUAUAGCAGCAAUACAACGACACACAACACAACAUGGCGAAGCAAAGCUCCCUGUUCAGUUUUUUCACCAAGUCUCCGCCGCCGGUCUCCAAGCCGAAGCCGAGUCCCUCGCCGACCGAGGCGGACCUGCCCUCCUCCGUACAGAGGUCCAGCUCCUCUCCGAAGGAGCAAGCUAAGGAGACACCGCAGCAAGCUGCCAAGGCCGGCAGAGUGGACGCGAAAAGGAACGACAAGUCUUCCAAAGGGGGAUUCAACAAACUUUUUGGCGACAAGGCCCCGGCAGUCAAACCGAGCAGCACAUGUCCAUUCAGUGCUGGUGCCCUUGUGUGGGCAAAACUGGAGGGACACCCGUGGUGGCCGUGCAUGGUGGUACCCCAACCUCUGACCGGACAGCAGAUGAGGGGCCGCGGGCGCAGCCAGCGCGUACACGUCCAUUUCUUCGAUGAACCCGCCACAAGAGGAUGGGUCAGCACCAAGUAUAUCAGGGAGUACCAAGGCUCCGACAGCAGUGAUGCUAAAACAGGAGGGGUUUUCUUCAGCGGUAAACCAACAAUCCGUCGUGCGAUGGAGCUCGCGGAUGGAGUAAUGUUUGACAGCCCUGAAAAAAGAAUAAAGAUUCCUCUCUGCAUGGAUCCGUCUGAUGAGGAGGAGGAUGAGGAGGAAGACAUGGAGCUCGACACGUCAACGUUGACAGACGACUGCAGUGAUGAGGAAGAACAGGCGGAUGUGAAAGCAAAGUCCUCCAAGCUCGGCCUGCGUUCGUCCCGCGCUUCGACAGAAACGGGAAACAAGGCCAAGCGCCGGCGCAUAAUUGUCGCUUCUGACAGUGAUGGAUCAGAUGAGGAAUUCAACCCACAAAAGGCUGCCUCCAGCAGUGAGGAGGAGGAGGAGGAGGAAGAAGCCGCAGCGACGCUGAGCAGCGAGGAAGAGAGCACACACGAGUCUGAAUCAGAAAGCCCCGUCAAGCCCGUGAAGCGUAAACGCCCAGCAGAAAAGCCCGCUCCUUUAAAAGCUAAGACGCCAACAAGCCUGUCGACGGCAGCGAAGCGGGCGCCGGCGGCCAUCGCCGUUGACACCAAGUCCCGCCUCUCGGCCUUUUCAGCCCCCGACGGCUUUGAGAGCCCGUCGAACGGAGCGGGCGGCGCCGGAAGCACCACCACUUGGGACCACGAGAAGCUGGAGUGGUGUCAGGACGGCCGGAGAAAAGACGGCCGGCGGCGGCGACAGUCGGAGGACGACUACGAUCCCGCCACCCUCUACGUGCCGGAGGACUUCCUGAACCGCAUCAGCCCCGGUAUGCGGCGGUGGUGGCAGAUCAAAUCCCAGAUGUUCGACACAGUCGUUUUCUACAAGGUGGGGAAGUUUUACGAGCUCUACCACAUGGACGCCGUGAUCGGCGUCAACGAGCUCGGCCUGACCUUCAUGAAGGGCACCUGGGCGCACUCGGGCUUCCCCGAAAUCGGCUUCGCUCGCUUCUCGGACGGCCUGGUGCAGAAAGGCUACAAGGUGGCCCGCGUGGAGCAGACGGAGACUCCGGAGAUGAUGGAGGCCCGCUGCAGGAGCAUGGCCAAGCCCACCAAAUUUGACCGCGUGGUGAGGCGAGAGGUGUGCCGGAUCAUCACCCGCGGCACCCAAACUUACAGCGUGUUGGACGGCGCGCCGUCCGAGAGCCAGAGCAAGUUCCUGCUGAGUUUGAAGGAGAAGGCCGAGGAGGACGGCUCCGGUUGCUGCCGCAGCUACGGCGUCUGCUUCGUGGACACCUCCGUGGGUUGUUUCCACGUCGGCCAGUUCCCGGACGACCGCCACUGCUCGCGCCUGCGCACCCUGAUCGCGCACUACGCCCCGGCCGAGGUGCUCUUUGAGAAGGGGAACCCCUCCGUGGAGACGCGCAAGAUUCUCAAGGCCUCUCUGUCCUCCGCCCUGCAGGAAGGACUCAGCGCGGGCACUCAGUUCUGGGACGCUCAGAAGACCCUGAAACAACUUUCGGAAGAGGAUUACUUCAGGGAGGCCGCUGGCGAGGACCGCGGGACGGGAACCGGCUUCCUCCCAGCUCUUCUGAAGUCGAUGACGUCCGCAAGCGACUCGCUGUGCCUCACGCCCAAAGAGGGGUGCGAGCUGGGGCUGUCGGCGCUGGGCGGCUGCAUCUUCUACCUGAAGAAAUGUCUGGUGGACCAGGAGCUGCUCUCUCUGGCCAACUUUGAAGAAUACGUUCCCGUCGACGUGGAGCUGGAGAGAGCCGCCGGACCUGCCGGCUUCUUCGCCAAGACUCGCCAGCGGCUUGUCCUCGACGGCGUGACGCUGGCCAACUUGGAAAUCUUCCAGAACGGCACGGGGGGAACCGAAGGGACUCUUCUGGAGCGUUUGGACACGUGCUCGACGCCGUUCGGCAAGAGGCUUCUGAAGCAGUGGCUCUGCGCUCCCCUGUGCAACCCCACCUCCAUCGGGGACCGGCUGCAGGCGGUGGAGGAGCUGAUGGGCGCCGCGGCUCAGGCCAGCGAGGUCUCAGAGCUGCUGAAGAAGCUCCCGGAUCUGGAGCGUCUCCUGAGCAAAAUCCACAGCAUCGGCACGCCACUGAAGGGCCAGGACCACCCGGACGGCCGCGCAGUGCUCUACGAGGAGGUCACCUACAGCAAGCGCAAGAUCGCGGACUUUCUCUCGGCCCUGGAAGGCUUCAAGACCAUGCAAGAGGUCGUCGCCGUCCUCGCCGCGGUGUCGAGCGAAUCCCAAUCGGCGCUGCUCCGGCAGGUGGGCACACUGAAAAGCGGGCAGGGCGGCCUCUUCCCCGACCUCUCGGCCGAACUCCGCCGCUGGGAGACGGCCUUCGACCACCAGAAAGCGCGCGCCACCGGCGUGAUCACCCCUAAGGCCGGCUUCGACCCAGAGUUCGACCAGGCCCGGGCCUCCAUCCAGAGCUGUGAGCGAGAGCUGCAGGAGUACCUCGACCGGCAGAAGAAGAGACUCGGCUGCAGGACCAUGUCGUACUGGGGAACCGGGCGAAACCGUUACCAGAUGGAGGUGCCUGACAGCGGCGUCAGCGUUCCCGCGGAGUACGACGUGAAGUCCACAAAGAAAGGCUGGAAGCGCUACGUGACCAAGGAGACCGAGCGGCUGUUCUCCGAGCUGCAGGGGUUCGAGGAGAAGAGAGACGCCGCCCUCAAGGACUGCAUGAGGAGGCUCUUCUACAACUUUGACAAGAACUACAAAGACUGGAAGACCGCCGUGGAGUGCAUGGCAGUGAUCGACGUGCUGCUGGCCCUGUCCCGCUACAGUCAGGGUGGAGACGGGCCGAUGUCCAGGCCGCAGGUGGUGCUCCCUGAAAGCGGUGACCAGGUGUCAACCUUCCUCGAGCUCGUGGGAUCCCGCCACCCCUGCGUCACCAAGACCUUCUUCGGCGACGACUUCAUCCCCAACGACGUUGUCAUCGGCUGCCCCGGCGGCGGUGAAGCCGACGCGGGGAAAGAGCGAGCCUCCUGUGUCCUCGUCACGGGGCCGAACAUGGGCGGCAAGUCGACCCUCAUGAGACAGUGCGGACUCGUCGUCAUCCUGGCGCAGCUGGGCUGCUACGUUCCCGCCGAGACGCUGCGCUUCACGCCCGUCGACCGGGUCUUUACUCGGCUGGGAGCCUCCGACCGCAUCAUGGCCGGAGAGAGUACCUUCUUUGUGGAGCUGAGUGAGACGGCCAGCAUCCUGCACCACGCCACCAAGCACUCGCUCGUGCUCCUGGAUGAAUUGGGGAGGGGCACGGCCACGUACGACGGCACGGCCAUCGCCAGCGCCGUGGUGAAGGAGCUGGCCGAGAAGAUCUGCUGUCGCACCCUCUUCUCGACCCACUACCACUCGCUGGUGGAGGACUACGCCAACAACCCCGCCGUGCGGCUCGGCCACAUGGCGUGCAUGGUGGAAAACGAAUGUGAGGACCCGAGUCAGGAGACCAUCACAUUCCUCUACAAGUUCAUUGCUGGCGCCUGUCCGAAGAGUUACGGGUUCAACGCCGCUCGACUCGCCAGCCUGCCCGAGGCUGUCAUCCAAUCGGGACACAGGAAGGCCAGCGAGUUUGAGAAGAGCACCAUCAGCCUCAGACUUUUUAAGAAGCUGUGCCGGUUUGCUGACGACGCCACGCUGGGAGGAAGCCACUUCUCUUCACUCGUUGAGAUGCUCCACAGCCUGUAGUUAAUAAAAUGAAAAAAAGCUUGGCUCUCGCUGGAUGUUUGUUUUGUCAGCGCUUGAAAAAACACUACUGUAAUGAUCUAAUAAAGUUUAUUUUUAAAAAUGA